AACUUAAUAAUGGCAGAGGCACUGGAAAUGGCUUUCAAUGAUGUUCAAAGCGUAGUUACUUUAGGCACCAAUUCUGACAUCUUAAAAAGCAGUCUAAAUGUAGCCGGAAAAUUAGCUGACGCAGUACAGCCUUUUAUCCCUCUAAUUAGUACUGUUUUUGUAGUCGUAUCUGAAGUAAUGAAAAUUUAUGAAAAUGCUAAACACAAUAAAAAAAUUUGUGCUUCACUAUUGGUUAGAGUCAAUACUGCAAAGAUUAAUGUUGAAAUCUUGCAAUUUCAACCCCGAAUUUGCGAUCACAAAGCAUUCUACAGAUUUGUUGAAGUGUUAAAGAAAAUAAAAAACUUCAUGAAUGAUGUUUCAAAUUUGUCAGGCUGGAAAAAAUAUGCAACUACGAACUCAGUUCAAGAAACUUUCACGAAAUUGAUUUCUGAAUUUGAUCAAAGCAUGAAUGAUUUACAUUUCACGAUAACUAUUUCUAACGAACAGCAAAGAAAAUUAGACCAAGAAAAUCUUAAUGCUGAUUUCGAAGAGAUGAAACAUGUAAAAUUUACUGUGGAAGCUGAAGCUGAAAAUUUGG